CAAAAUCUACAUGUUAGAUUUGUAGAUGUAUUCUAUAUAGCGUAUUUCUAUAUGAACGUUCCAAAACGGACUCAACGUAACUCACGUUGGCUGUUCCAGUGAACUUGGUUCCUGUGUGCAGAUCAAAGGCCUUUAUUUAUCUGUGGUUAGGACGUUGUGGUACACGACCACAAUUGUCCUGCUGUUACAUCGCAAGCAACGUAGUUUUCUGCCAGGACAAAAAUAUUUAUUUCGCCAUGAAUCCAGACAUAAGUAAAGAGCGUGAGAAUGCUACAUUUAACGUAGAGAAACUCACAUACAUUUUGGACGGUGGUAUAGAGAAGACCAAAAGAAGAAGAGAAAUUCAGUCACUGGUGAUCAGCGAUCCAGACUUCCAGAGCGAAGACCUCAACUUCUUGACCCGGAGCGAGCGCUAUGAAGCUGCAGUGAGGAAGAGUGCCCAGAUGAUUGUGAAGCUCAGAAAGUAUGGCAUCUCAGAUCCAGAGGAGAUCUACUGCUACAAGAGGCUGUAUAAAGGGAACAGCCACGAGGCAAUGGGGCUCCAUUUUGUCAUGUUCCUUCCUACCCUGUACUCCCAAUGUAACGAGGAGCAGUUGAAGAAGUGGGCCCCCUUGGCCGAGUCCACCCAAGCCGUGGGCACCUAUGCCCAGACAGAACUAGGGCACGGGACCCACCUCAGGGGUCUGGAAACCACAGCAACAUAUGACCCGGCCACUCAGGAGUUUGUCCUGAACUCCCCGACUGUGUCAUCCAUCAAGUGGUGGCCUGGGGGAUUGGGGAAGACCUCUAACCACGCCAUAGUUCUAGCUCAGCUCUACACCCAGGGGAAAUGUCACGGCCUGCAUGCCUUCAUCGUACCCCUACGCAGUAUGAAUACCCACAUGCCUCUGCCAGGUGUGGUGGUAGGGGACAUAGGACCGAAGUUUGGCUUCGACGAGGUGGACAACGGUUACCUGAAAUUGGAGAACGUCAGAAUUCCUCGCAACAACAUGCUGAUGAAAUAUGCCAAGGUGGAUGCAGACGGCACGUACACGAAGCCCCCCAGAGACAAGUUGACCUACGGCACCAUGGUGUUCAUCCGCUCCAUGAUUGUCGGGGAGGCGGGCCUCGCCCUCUCCAAGGCCUGCACCAUUGCUAUCCGCUACAGCGCCGUCCGGCGCCAGUCUGAGAUACGCCCAGGAGAGGGUGAGCCUCAGAUCCUGGACUACCAGACCCAGCAGUACAAACUCUUCCCCCUGCUGGCCACAGCCUACGCCUACAACUUUGUGGGCCAGUACAUGAACCAGGUCUACCACCGCAUCACAGGAGACAUGAGCCAGGGAGACUUCAGCGAACUGCCAGAGCUACAUGCCCUUUCGGCUGGCCUGAAAGCCUUCACCACGUGGACGGCCAGCUCGGGCAUCGAGGUGUGUCGCAUGGCGUGCGGCGGGCAUGGCUACUCCAGCUGCAGCGCCCUGCCAGACAUCUACGUAACCUUUGUGCCCACCUGCACGUACGAGGGAGAGAACACUGUCAUGAUGCUGCAGACUGCAAGAUUCUUGAUAAAGAGCUACAGGCAGGCGUCGGCGGGCCACCGGCUGAGCGGCAUCGUGUCCUACCUGAAUGAGUCCGAGUUCAGGCUGCAGCCCCAGACGGUGUCGUCCCGGGCCACCCUGGUCAACGGCAACAACCUUCAGAGCCUGGUGGAAGCCUACAAACUGAGAGCUGCCUGGCUGGUGGAGCAGGCGGCUAAGAGCAUUCAGCAGGAGCUGCAGCGCAGCGUCAGUCAGGAGGAUGCCUGGAACAACAGCUCCAUCGACCUGGUCCGAGCCUCCGAUGCCCACUGUCACUAUGUGGUGGUGAAGCUGUUUGCGGCCAAGGUGGGCGAGAUCGAAGACCCAGCCGUCCACUCUGUGCUCAGCACGCUGGCUCUCCUCUACGCCCUGCAGGGCAUCACACAGCACAGCGGAGAUUUCCUCCAGGCCGGCCUGCUGAGUGCUCCCCAGCUCUCCCAGGCGUCUCAGACUCUGAAGCAGCUGCUGGUACAGCUGAGACCCGACGCCGUGGCCCUGGUCGACGCCUUCGACUUCCGCGACGAGAUGCUCAACUCCGUCCUGGGACGCUACGAUGGCAACGUCUACGAGCACAUGUUCGAGUGGGCCCGCCGCUCGCCCCUAAACAAGACCGAGGUUCAUGAGUCCUACCACAAGUACCUGAAACCCCUGCAAGCCAAGCUGUAAGGCGACCCCUUUCACCUAACAACGUUAACCCAUCAGUGGGGCCCCCGAAAUGGCCACCACUGUCACCCGUCCACCAAUCAGAAGGGCUUAUUCUGCCCGUCCCUUCUGAUUCUAACAGGCGGUGGUACGUUCUAAAGGGGACCCCAAUGAGGACCAUUUAUCCCAUUUUGUCUCUGUUAACACCUUCCCACAUGUGGUAGGGUUGAUCUAGCAGUCAUUCUAAUUGACUAAUUCUGAUGGCUAACUAGACAUCCUUUAUUUAGAGUUUUGUAUACUCCACGCCUAGUGAAUUAAUUUAAUUGAUAGCUGAGAAAAUGGAAUGUAAAAGUGGCUUAAAGAUUAGGGGGUUUUGGUGACUGAUUCAUGGAAAUCUUCAGACUAAUUAUUGAUUGUAGAUCAUGUAUUAAAUCCUAUAUGUGCUUGUGCAUAUGAAAAUGAUCUGGGAAUAAAAACUGAUGAGUAAGUCAAACCCCAGCUAAGUAAUUGUAAUACUAGUGAUUUGAAAAAGGGGCCUUUCAGAACAUGUACUUAUUAUGUUAGGUUUAUUUACUAAGAAAGGACCCCAAAAGUCGUAUUCAUUAGGGGACAUGCUAGUAAAACAUUUGGAAAUGGAAAGAAAACAAGCGGUUCUUAUUGAUCUACUCCUGGUAGUCCUACCUGGUUUACAUCAGUUUUGUUCCUAAUGAAUUAAUCUGUGGUGCGGAGUUCUGAACCAGUACAUUCUUUAUUCCCAUUAAAUAAUAUUAUUAACAAUAAUAUUUGUAUAUUCAACCUUCUGUUUAUUGUCACGCUGUUGACUGUUACAGAAUGGUGCAGGUUGAUACAUGGCCAAUACAUGUUUCAAUGGAUAAAAUAAUGACUGUUUAUGAGACAGUUAUGUGCCUGAUGAAGUGUGUGUGUGUGUGUGUGUGUGUGUGAAAGUGUAUGAAAUCCAGUUUGACUGAAUGUUGUUUUAAGCAACCAUGAUUUUGUUAAUAUAGUUUUAAGUGCCAGGUAAUUUGUCAUGCUGAUUAAAAACAUUGAACUAGUGAAA